GACCUGUCUCCGCCCUAGAGGAGGAGCCGAGGCCAGGGGGAGGAGGAGGAGGAGGAGGGUGAGGUUUGCGAGAGGGAGCGAGGCCGCGCGAGCCGCCGGCGGUCACAGUGCUGCAAGCCAGAGAGCUGAAGCCGAAAGGCAAAAGUGGCACCAAUGACACGUACACUAUCAUCCAGCUGGGCAAGGAGAAGUACUCCACCUCGGUGGCCGAGAAAACCCUGGAGCCCGUCUGGAAGGAGGAGGCCUCCUUCGAGCUCCCUGGGCUGCUGGUGCAGGGGAGCCCGGAGAAGUACAUCCUUUUCCUGAUAGUGAUGCACAGGUCCCUGGUGGGGCUGGACAAGUUUCUAGGGCAGGUGGCCAUCAACCUCAAUGACAUCUUUGAGGACAAACAAAGAAGGAAAACAGAGUGGUUUAGGUUGGAAUCCAAACAAGGAAAAAGAGCCAAAAACAGGGGUGAGAUAAAGGUGAAUAUUCAAUUUAUGAGAAACAAUAUGACAGCGAGUAUGUUUGACUUGUCAAUGAAGGACAAAACAAGAUCUCCUUUUGCAAAAUUAAAGGAUAAGAUGAAAGGUAGAAAAAAUGAUGGCACGUUUUCUGAUACGUCUUCUGCAAUCAUUCCAAGUACUCACAUGCCUGAUGCCAGUACAGAAUUUUCAAGUGGUGAGAGCCACAUGAAAUCCAAACCAAAAAAGCCUUUUCUUCUGGGUCCUCAGCGACUCUCUUCUGCGCAUUCAAUGUCUGACCUGACUGGGUCCCACACGUCCUCUGAGAAAGCGAAGCCUGGCACCCUGAGUCAGACACAUCUUCUGGGGCGCCGGAUAGAUGCCUUCGGAGCGGUUCCAGAGAGUGGAAGUCUCAAAUCUCCACACAGAAGAACAUUAAGCUUUGAUACUUCUAAAAUGAACCAACCUGACAGCAUUGUGGAUGAAGGCGAAUCGUCUUUCGAAAGACAGAAUGACCCAUUUACAAAUGUGACUGCUUCAUUACCCCAAAAAUUUGCAACACUGCCAAGGAAGAAAAAUCCGUUUGAAGAAAGCAGUGAAUCCUGGGACAGCAGCAUGAAUUUAUUUUCAAAAUCAAUUGAAGUAAGGAAAGAAAAUAAAAGAGAGAAAAGGGAGAAAGUUAGCCUGUUUGAAAGAGUGACUGGAAAAAAAGAUAGCAGAAGAUCUGAUAAACUUAACAAUGGGGGAUCAGAUAGCCCUUGUGAUUUGAAAUCACCCAAUGCGUUUAGUGAAAACCGGCAGGACUAUUUUGAUUAUGAGUCAACUAAUCCGUUUACAACAAAAUUCAGGGCCUCAAGUAUAAUGCCAUCUUCAAGUUUUCAUAUGAAUCCGACAAGCGAUGAAGACCUCAGGAAAAUCCCGGACAGCAACCCCUUUGACAGCUCUGCGGGGUACCGGGGUCUGACCUACGAGGAGAUCCUGCAGGAGCUGCUGAAGCACAAGGAGCUGCUGAGGAGGAAGGACUCGCACAUCCGGGAGCUGGAGGACUACAUCGACAACCUCCUGGUGCGGGUGAUGGAGGAGACGCCCAGCAUCCUCAGAGUGCCCUACGAGCCGUCCCGGAAGGCCGGCAAGUUCACUUAGCGUUGGCAAGGGAGGGAAGGAAAGGAGACUGUUGCUUAGAGAAACUGUGCCGCCAGUCUCAUUACCACUCACCUUCGUUGUGGACACUGUGUCACCUGUAAAGAUUAGCAGGGCCUCUCACCAGUGACCUUUGAAGGGAGCUAAUCACUUAGAAUCAGUUAGAAGUGGGCCAGAUGCUCAGUGAAUACGCAGUCCCUUAGGAUCCUCUUCGGUGCUAGGCCAGCCCACUCAUGUGCCAUGGGCCUAGAAACAGCUUCAGGAGUACAUGAGUUAUUCCUCAGGAAUAGAUUUCUCGUGAAGCAGAACUGAUGCUGUGGUUGGUUUCUCAAGUCAAUUUACAGACAUGCAGCUUCAGGAACAGUGCUCAUACGACACUACGGAAAAUCAGUUCAUAUUUUAUAUGCAUAGAUUUACAUGAAUACACACUCAUGAAUCUUUGUAUAUAAAAUUAUGCAUAUACCUCAUGUAUACAUGUGUUUUUAGAACAUUUAAAAACAACUGGUUGCCUCUAAGGUUAGGAUACCAAUUUCAUAGCUGGAAAAAGCGUAUGCUCCAUCGACGCAAGACAAGUCAUUGUCACUCCUGUUUGCUAUGGAGACUGCCUCCAGUUCUCGACUGCGUGAGCCUGGGUUUCAAGGUGAGCUGCUGGGUACUGUGCCAGCGUCCAGUCUCCACUUUCUGCAAAUGCUCUAAAAUCCCUUUUUAAAGAAUGACGAAUUUUAGGAAACUUCAUUAACUUCACAGCAGUUUCUUUGAAUUAUCUUCACGUUUGAGUUUUGUGUAAGGUAUAAGAAGAUGAUAAGCUAAUGCAACUUGUUUUGUUGCAGUUUUGCAUGCCUUUAAAUCACUAUCAAAACAAUAUGAAGUUAUAUCUGAAAAUAAUCUUGGGGGGAAAAAUAGAUGAUGGUCUGGUGCCUGAUAAUGCAAAGCAACGGGCACAUUCUAGCCCUGAAGAUCAGGCUUGGUCUCGGGUUACAUAAAUAAUAGAACAGAUGGUUGCCUUUGGGUCUUGAACCAAAACAAGAUUUACUAAAGGAGGAAUGAGUUUUUGGAGCAGAUCUGUACCAGCCUGGCAGGCACAUUACACCCACCCCCAAAGAAUUGAUUCAUCACCAAAUUAUAUGUCUUUGAGUCCGCAAGCCUGUUAUAUAUUUGCACAAAAUUAUUCUGAAAUAUAAAUUGAAAAAACUGGUAUUUAUUCUUAUUUUGCAGCUUUAAGAAUCUAAAGUACUUACCGUGAAACACUGAGUGUAUCUGUGUCUCCAAAUUUAAAGUGAAAACUGAAUUUCUAUAUAGAGACUUCUAUAUCCUCCAGUCCUUUACAAAACUGCAUUUUCUGAUAUUUAUCUUUGUUGAGUUUAUUGAAAGUUAAAUAAAAAGCACUAUGGUAGUUUUGCUUACUUUAAAUUUUUAAAAUCAGAUUAGUUAAGCUUAUAUUUGUAAACUAAAAUCUCUUCUUGUUUGUAUUUCUGAGUUUCUUUAGUUUCCCUAUGACAGUGUGCAUUUUGAAAUUAUGAAAAAUUUCUCUGAGUAACAAAAAUGCAGUGCUUUUCUAAAAUUAAGAAAUGGAGAAGGAAAAGCAGCUUAUAUCAAGGUUCCCCUCCACUUACAACUAAAGUUCUAUAAUAAGCUUCAGAAUCUGGUACAGAAUUUUAUUUCCCCAUUUGAGGUCCUGGUAAGUGUUAUUUUUUAACAUGGUGCCAUUUUAAGUUAGCAUUUAUUUUAAAUGUUUCAAAUUCUUAGCAUUUGUUUUUUUCUGAUAGUAUUACUGAAGCUCUUCUUAUACUUUUUAUAAAACCAAAUUCCAUGUUUUUUCAGUAUUAUGUCAGAUAUCUACAGAUAUUCUAAUAUGCUUUGGCUAAAUUUGCUCUUUGUAGAAUCAACCAAGAUACCAGUUUUGUACAGGGGAUAUAUUUUACAUGAAUAGAGCUCAUUAAAACGUAUUGUUCAAGUACUGCUUUUUUAAAAUUCAUAUUUGAGAAGAAAUUAUUUGCCUAUCAAAAAACCAUUAAGGAUUAGACUUACCUGUACAUGAGUGAUUUGAUUAUACUGAAUCAGUGUUUUUAUCUUUAAAUCUGAGAAAAGAAUUGUAUUUAAGAUCAGAUCUAUAUUCAUCACUGCCUGAAAAUGUUUUGUUCUGGUGUUUAUGAAUUUUCGUUCAUGACCUGGAGUCUACUUAUUACCUGUUUUCAUAGUCUAUAUAAUGAACUAAAAACAGAAAGUAAACUAAAAAUGAGUUCCCAAGUAACAUAUCCAUCUUUGCUGUGAGAAAUGUUGGAAAUAGAGAGCCAUGUGCUAGUUAAAUAGUACCCGGCACAAGAGUCUUAGGAAGACACAUGUCACAUUCGCUCUGAUGGCUGAGGAAAUGCGUGCUCCGAAACACUGUCAUCAUAGGAGUGUUUCUUUAGAUCACAGUGUUGGUAUUUCUCACAAGCCUGUCUCAACCUGACCUACUUAGGUUGCAUCAUUAAGCUAUUAUUUUAAAAACAGUAUUGCUUAACAACCAGUUAUCCCCCCCCCACCACCCCUAGAUCUAAAAUUUAGCUUUGAAAGUGUUAAAUAUGCCAUCCUACUACUUAGGCUGCAAAUUCCAUUUAUUGAAUACCAGGGUCCUGUCUCGGCCUUGUAUAUAAAAAAUGUGCAGCACGUUGAUGAGGAACGCGGUAAAUAUGGCUUUCUGCUGCUGUGUUCCUCCGUAUUGAGCCUGGUUUUGCCAUCCUCCCAUUAAUGUAUAUUACCCAUAGAUUAUACAUAACUCCCAUUAAUGUAUAUUACCCAUAGAUUACACAUACUCCCAUUACUGUAUAUUACCCAUAGGUUACACAUAACUCCCAUCAAUGUAUAUUACCCAUAGAUUACACAUACUCCCAUUACUGUAUAUUACCCAUAGAUUACACGUAACUGCAUCUCUUGCUUUCUGCAGUAAAUCAAGAUUUAGUUGUGAUUUUCCAGCUGUGAACAUGUUGCCUUGUAUUUAAAAGGGUUUCAUGAGGGAGACCUGAGUAAAACUAAGCUCAUUAGUGAUAGGCUUGCUUUCUUCAUGUCCUUCCAUCACCCCCCCCCCAUGCCCCUUGCCUACCACCCCUGGAGGGUGCUUAUUCUUUAACGAGGAGAAUCUAAAGAUAAAAAUUAAAUAAUAAGAACUGCUGUUUAGUGUGUCUACAGUAAUUGUCACACCAGAGCUUUUAUUCUCCUCUGUAGUUGUUAGAGGCAGCAGCCUGCCUCGGAUUCCCAAGUCAGGCUGAAACUUCGUUGAUGUUCAUGUACUCACAUGUCUUAGAGAUGUGGUAGGUGUCGCUUGUGUGUGUGCAAGUGAAGUAUAAAGCAUGCGCGUCCACCUGGCCUCUUGGAAGUGAGAGGGAUGCUGCUGGUUUGUGGUGGCCGAUGUGAGGGUCUGUCAGCACACGUGGAAGGUCCCAUUUUCACAGAUGUGUAACUUUAAUAAUGCAGAUGCAAUCAUUGGGAGUAUUUAAUAUGCAAUAGGUAGCACCUUAACUAAUUAAUCUGCAUAUGAAGGGUUUUCUGAUGUAUUUAAUAAGAAGCGAAGAAGCUCUUCAAGCAUUAAACUAGAGUUGACAUUUUAUUUAAUUUAUUUUCUCUAUCAAGAAAUCUACUCUUACAAUGGAAUUGAAGUCUGCAACAAAUGAUUUAUUUGGACACAUUCAUCUUUGAAGCUUUCAUUUGGGUUGUAUUUUGAGGUACAAAAAAUGCUGCAGAUCUAGGAAUGUAUAUAUGUAGUAGGUAUUUGAAAGAUACAAGCAUUAUUUAUAACUGAAGAGUAUUAUACUUCCUAAGUAAAUGCUCUAGUAACUUGUGUACAGUUUUUGCAGGUACAAACUCAAAAGUAUGUAAGCAUACUUGUAAAAUGUGACAGUUGCAUAAUUUAUGUAUUCUGAUGCAUGAAUCAGGAUUUUAUAUAAUAUAUGAUUAUUGAUUUAUUAUAGUUGAUUAAAGUGUUCAAGCUUAA